UUUGGUCGCCCCCAAAUCAAAGGGGUGGUGAUUAAGAACCUGAUCAGGAAACCCAAGAAACCCAACUCUGCCAACAGGAAAUGUGCCCGGGUCAGGCUCAGCACGGGCAGGGAGGUGGUUUGUUUCAUCCCUGGGGAGGGACACAACCUGCAGGAGCAUCAUGUGGUGCUGGUGCAGGGGGGGAGGACCCAGGACCUGCCU